AAUCUUCUUUUUUGUUGGUGCUUGACCUUUUUGUUUGUUUUUGUUUCAACGGUGCAGCAGUGUGCACGGAAAAGUCUUCUUCUUUUCCUUUACUAUUUAUAUAUUUGGAACAAACGAAUCAAUGCAUUGCCAACGAUUAGUGGAUUGAUUUUAGUUGUGUUGCUGUGAGAAUAGUAUAAGGAAUGUCAGAAAGAUUGUGGGUCUAGAUUUUUUUGGAAGGACUUGAUUUUCUAGACGUUAAUCGUCUAGAUGGUCCUAAUUCGUGUAGAAUUAUGUGCUACUUUCAUGUGGGAAUGGCUUUUCUAAACUAUGACUGAUUGUUUAUAUAACUAACUUCCGCAUAUUGUAAUGUACUCUGCUAUCUUUGUCAUAAGGAGAAGGACUCCAAAUAAUCAUCUUGCAAUAUUAUCAAGAGGAGGAAAUAGAGUACUUUGUUUAUGGUCAACAAGAGUGGGCCGUUUGCAUUGUUGGGUGAUAACUUUUUGCUGCUGUUUGGUUUAUUCAGAUGAUUAUGUAUAUGCUCUCUUUCCAUUGUUAUUUACUGAUUUCAUAGGUUGAUUGGUUGCUGUUUGGGGCCUUGGGGUUUGCAGGUGGAGCCUUCACCGACUACAGGGUCCCUUCCUAAGCUUCUACAAACAGUACAUGGUUCUAUGGCUUCUGCUGCAUCUGCUACAUUUCCUGCAACUACUGCUCGCUUCAAUACCAGUAAUGUUGAUGACAGAAAACCAAGCUUCUUUGAGUUUAAACCAUACAAUAGAUCAAAUAUGGUUCCUGAAGACUUCAACAGCCAUGUAAGUAAACAAUCUACUCAAGGUCCAGGAAAAUCUCACUCAUUUACUUCCUCGCCAUUAGUUGAAAGUGAGAUAGCAGUUCCCUCUAAUGAAUUAAGCUUAUCAUCACCUGUUCAAGUGGUUAGUUCUGGGGCUACUGCUCCUGUUGAUGUUGAUUUGGAUGACAUUAACCACAAAGGCAACACAGCUAAUGGGCUUCAAGUCUCCUAUGUUGAGGUUAGAGGCAGUGGACUUUCAGUUGCAGCUGAGAAAACAUCUGAUGAUGGAUACAAUUGGCGAAAAUAUGGGCAAAAACAUGUUAAAGGAAGUGAAUUUCCACGCAGUUAUUACAAAUGUACACAUCCUAACUGUGAAGUGAAAAAACUUUUUGAACGCUCUCAUGAUGGUCAAAUUACUGAGAUAAUUUACAAGGGAAAACAUGAUCAUCCUAAACCUCAACCAAGCUGCCGAUACUCUGCUGGUAGUGCUAUGUCUAUUCAAGGAGAGAGAUCUGAUAGGGCUUCUUCUUUGGCUGGCCGAGAUGACAAAGCAUCCAAUAUGCAUGGUCAGGUAUCUCACCCUGCUGAGCCCAACGGUACUCCAGAGCUGUCACCUGUAGCAACAAAUGAUGAUAGUCCAGAGGGUGCUGGGUUUGUGUCAAACAGGACAAAUGAUGAGGUUGAUGAUGACGAUCCCUUCUUGAAGCGAAGAAAAAUGGAACUUGGAAGUGCUGACAUUGCUCCAGUAGUUAAACCUAUCCGGGAACCACGAGUUGUUGUACAAACUUUAAGCGAGGUUGAUAUAUUGGAUGAUGGGUACCGCUGGCGUAAGUAUGGGCAGAAGGUAGUAAGGGGAAAUCCUAACCCAAGGAGUUAUUAUAAAUGCACAAAUGCUGGUUGCCCCGUUAGAAAGCAUGUGGAGAGGGCAUCGCAUGAUCCAAAAGCAGUAAUAACGACAUACGAAGGUAAACACAACCACGAUGUGCCAGCUGCAAGGAAUAGCAGCCAUGACAUGGCAGGACCAGCAGCUGCAGCUGGACAAACACGAAUUAAGUUAGAAGAAAGCGAUACAAUUAGCCUUGACCUCGGCAUGGGCAUUAGCCCAGCCGCCGAAAACAGAUCACACGGGCAAGGGAAAACACUGCACUCUGAAUUUGUGAACACUCAAACUCACACCAGCAAUUCCAAUUUCAAGUUUGUUCAUACCACCGCAGCUCCUGUAUACUUUGGUGUUCUAAAUAACAGCACCAAUCCAUAUGGUUCUAGAGACAAUAGGAGUGAUGGUUCAUCUUUGAACCAUUCCUCGUAUCCUUGCCCACAGAACAUGGGAAGAAUACUAAUGGGUCCAUGAAAUUGUUCACAUAACAUACUAAAAUAAAAAUUAUUAGUAGCAUUUUGCUUUCUUUCUUUUUCUUGGCGGGUAUAGCUUCAAAGGUAAAAACGUCUCAUUUUCUUUUAGAAAAUGCAGAUAGUUCUUUCAUGUUUAUAUCACUAUUUGAGAGCUGCUGUUUAGUAGAAUUGGUAGCAGCUCCAUGUUGACUUUUUCAGUCUAAUUGUUGUUUGUAAUUGUAUAAUUAUAAUUAUAUCCAAAUUUUUCUGUAUAAAUAUGAAGCUGAUAUUAAAGCUGCUUCCACAAAACCUUGUAGAAGUGCUUGAAUGAAACUAAUUACGUAG